GUCCCAUGUAUUAAUGUCCAUUACAUGUUAAUCACAUAUGUCAUGUUUGUCAGCAACUGUUUACCACACCUGGCCGAUGCCUAAUCUUCUUCAACCAUUUGCCUUUCGUUCAGGUGCUCUGCUGUCAGCAUGAUUGUAUCUUUGCUGUUUCAACAUCAUCAGUUACAAUACACUUACAUUGAUGUAUAAUGUACUAUUCCUCUACGGUUUGUAUAACUGGUAGGUACACCAUGUCAACUCUGUCCAACAAUGGCGGCACAACCAACGGGAACCAAAAGUCAGUAACACUCUCUGCUCAGAAACGGCUGAAGAAAGCACUGGAUGCUAAACGUGGACGCACACGGAUUGCCAUUGGUAGUGAAUUUGAUCGCUGGAUGGCUGUCAAGCAUCAUCUACAAGUAAAAUCGCAUCAGGAAGUGGCACAUUUCCUGCUUAACUUGUACGACAAUCAAAGUAACCAGUCAUGCAUGGAUGCAGUGCCGUCAGCAUUGCCCCAACUUCAGUCCACUCCAAUGUCCAUCAGAGCAAAUACAUCUAGUACUCUCUCAGCUCCAAGCCUAUUUUCGGGGAGUUUCAGACACAUGAGACAAGAUGAUGAUGACUGCAUGUCAGAUGUUUUCCCUCUGGAAGACAUUAGAGGCAACAAUCACGUGCUACAUCACGACUUGUCAUACAUACGAUCGGGCACCCCGCCACAAGGAAGCACAACAGAAAGCAUGCAAGAAUUCACCAUUUGUCGACGACCUAUGCAGCAAAAGAGCAAACCGGCAUGUAUCAGAUCAUCCUCCGUUGACCAUUCUCUCAACAGCUCUGCAGGCCUUUGUGAGGAGCCAGAACACAGAAUGCAAGACAGUGAGUUUCAGACUGUUUUGCACAACACAGCAAAACAGUCAUUAGAAGCAGACAGGUCAACCGCUGCGGAUACAUUAACAAGAAAUGAGGAACUUAGUGCAGAAUCACUUUCCACGGAAUCUGUUGUACUGGUGUACAAGAAUAAACUCAUACAACUGGCACAGAAAUGCAUGAUACAACAUUGUGAUAUAUGUAGAGAAGGUGUGUCAGUAACAAACACAGUCAAAGGAUCAUGCAUCAAGCUAUCAUGGGUGUGUUGCAAUGGUCAUAUUGCUUACCAGUGGUCAAGUCAACAUACAGUUAGGAAGGGUUUACAUCUUGGUGAUGUUAUGAUAGCAGCGGCAAUCUUCCUGACUGGAAACAACUAUGCUAAGAUAGCAUUGCUAGCAAAGUGUCUUGGCUUAGCAUUUAUCCACCAAGCCAGUUAUUACCGGUUACAGCGAAGAUACAUAGUCCCAGUCGUUACUGACUACUGGAAUGAGAUGGUGAGGAAUAUGUUGUCCACUCGUAAACACAUUAAUGUGACAAUCCUGGGUGAUGGUCGUAUGGAUAGUCCCGGACACUCUGCACAGUAUUGCACUUACACAUGCAUGGAUGAGCAAACCAAAGAGAUUUUGCUCAUACAAGUGGUUGACAAAAGAGAAACAGAACUGAGUUCUCCACGAAUGGAGAAAUUGGCCUUUGAGAGGUGCAUAAAAACUCUUCAAGAUUCACAACUCAAGAUAGAUGAGCUGGUGACUGAUGCACAUCCACAAAUUGCUAAACUAAUGAGGACUAGGUAUGCAUCAAUCAAGCACUCCUUCGAUAUGUGGCAUGGGGCCAAAAAUCUUGCUAAACGAAUUAACAAGGCUGGACUGCAGCGUGGCUGCAGAAUUCUGUGUCAGUGGACCAGGCAAAUUGUCAAUCACUUCUGGUAUUGCUGUCAGCACUCCGAGAGUACAGAAGAAUUCAUGAUCCAUUGGGGUGGUAUUUUAUACCAUGUGGUAAACCAGCAUGAGUGGGGUAGUGGGAUACAUGAUAAUUACGAACCGGUUGGACAAUGUCAGCAUGAGUCUCUUGGGGUGGAGCAUGCGCCGCCAUGGCUAGAGCCUGACAGCCCGGCACAUGAAAAGUUAAGGCAGAUUGUUCUAGACCCCAGAUUUGUGGAGAAAACAAGACAUUACGUCAGCUACAGAACUACAGCAGAAUUAGAACAGUUCCACCAGGUCAUAUUAAAGUAUGCUUCAAAACGGCAAUCCUACACUUUCCCUGCAUUUCGGGCUCGGAAUUUUCUUGCUGCGAUAGACCACAACAGCCACAGAGGUCGUCCAUAUGCGCGUAACAAGCAAGGCAGAUAUGUGUACCGUAGAAAAUUUAACAAGAAAAGCGGACGUUGGACAGUGGUGCGCAUGAAACAAAGUAAAGAUUACAAUUACCUCAUACCAAUAAAGGAAAAAAUUUUGCAACGUAGACUGGCAGACCACACUAAACUUCACGAACGAGCCACACUGUCUUAUGAUGAUCCACGCAACAUACAGCCCACAAUUGCCCCUUAUCAACCACCAGACACAAGACAGUUGGUCGAGGAACACUUAUCAAGAUUUCAGCAGCAUUCAGACAAUUUGUAGUAGACUUUGGCUUCAUUUGACAUGGAAAGAUAACAGACAUCAAACUUCGUAGUUAUGCGUCAAAAGGAUAGAGCAGUCAUGGAAUUGUCAUCAUUCUGAAGUUACGUAAUUGCUUCUUGUUGCAAAUAUUGAUAUUGCCUUGCAAUGACUACAAUUGUUAUUGAAUGUCUCGUUGGUCUAAUAGUUUCUGAUCCACAGUUGUUCAGUGCUACUUUUUAUGUCUGUCUUUAUAACCUUUGUAUUUUUGUCUUUUUUUUACAGAAGACUACAGCUCCGUGAACUAUGCCCCAAUCAGUCAAACUAUGUUGGCAGUUUCCCCGUAUUCACACAAAUGGCCCUUAAUUUCAAUAUCACUAUCCACG